ACAAUUUGAUUGGUCAAUCGAAAUGAAAGUGACCUUCACCGAAAAACAAACCUGCACAUUGAAGACAUGAAGAUCGACAUUCAUAACCACAUUUUACCAGAGAACUGGCCGGAUCUAAAACAGCGCUAUGGAUAUGGGGGAUGGGUGCAACUUCAUCACAAGUGUGCUGGGAAGGCAGACAUGAUGAAGGAUGGAAACUUUUUCAGGACCAUAGAUGAAAACUGCUGGUCCCCAGAGGCAAGGAUCAAGGACAUGGACGAAACAGGGGUGACAGUACAGGCCCUGUCCACAGUCCCUGUGAUGUUCAGUUACUGGGCCAAACCAGCGGACACCUUGGACCUGUGUCAGAUUCUGAACAAUGACAUAGCGGAGACGGUCAAGAAGUACCCCCAGAGGUUUGUGGGGCUGGGAACACUCCCCAUGCAGGCCCCAGAACUGGCUGUCCAAGAACUAGUCCGCUGUAAACAGGAACUAGGAUUUCAUGGCGUACAGAUUGGCUCUCACGUUAACGACUGGAACUUGGACGCCCAGGAACUCCGACCAAUAUUUGCGGCCGCUGAGAAACACGAGAUGUCCAUCUUUGUUCACCCCUGGGACAUGGACUUGAGCGGUCGGAUGAAGAAGUACUGGUUACCGUGGCUGGUAGGAAUGCCGUCAGAGACAGCCACGGCAAUCUGCUGUAUGGUCAUGGGGGGAGUCCUAGAAGAAUUCCCCAAACUCAAAGUCUGCUUCGCACACGGAGGGGGAGCUUUUCCCUUCACUGUGGGUCGUAUUGAGCAUGGUUAUAAUGUCCGUCCAGAUCUGUGUGCUACCGACUGCAAAACUGGUCCUAGACAAUUCUUGGGCAAGUUUUAUACGGACGCCCUAGUGCAUGAUCCAGUGGCCCUCAAACUUCUAGUGGACGUUAUAGGGGAGGACCGGGUCAUAAUGGGGUCUGACUAUCCUUUCCCUCUGGGUGAGCAUCAUCCAGGAAAGCUGAUAGAAUCCAUGGACUUCCAGCAACCACUGAAGGAAAAGUUGCUGGUUAACAAUGCAUGUGAGUUUCUGGGUCUGGACAGGAAAGCAUUCCAAUGAAAUAUAACAGGCUAUUGUGAAGAAAACAUCUUAUUUCCUGGUGAAUAGUUCAUGCCAAACAAGAGAGAGAGAGACAGAGAGAGAGACAGACAGACAGACAGAGAGAGAGAGAGAGAGAGAGAGAGAGAGAGAGAGAGAGAGAGCACAGUCAAGUUUUAAAGGUGUGCAAGGUUUUAUAAUUUUAUGUUAAACAGUGCUUGUACAAGUGGAGACACUACAUGUAUGUGUGAGGGUUUUUUAAGGUUGUUUAUUCUAUACAUGAUGUACAUGGAAUCUCAGAAUGGUGUAUAUUAUUAUAACCAUGGUAACAGAACAACUGUUUCGUUGUUUUGUAUGAGGAAAAAUUGAGUUUGUUAUUAUUAUUCUAUUUUUUAAGAAUGUUUUGGUACUGCAAGCAAACACGUGAGCCACUUGAGGCUACGUGAGGGCCUUGGACACGAUUUGACUUAAAAUUUUCAAAUUUUAUUUUUCCAUUUUCGAUGUUUAAACUGAUAAACAUAGAAGUUUAUAAUGCUACGUCAAAAUUUGAAAGUUAGAUAUCAAGUUAUAAGCAAGAUACAGAGUUCAUAAUUCUUUGUUUUGUAAACAAAGCUUGAAUAUUGUCAUUUUUUACAUAUGUGUUGUAUUGAUGCAAGUUUCAAUCAAAUGAAUAUUUCUUUUGUGGAAAAUAGUAUUUAUGAAGAUACUGAAUUCGUUUAAAUUGUUUUUACAAGUCAUUUUGUCUAAGAAGUAAACAACUAUAAGACUGGAGUUUUGUUUACAUAACAACCAGUUCUUACCUCUGUAUCUCGCUUGUAAUUUGACUUUAACAUUCAAUAUUUUGGUCAAUCAAUUUAAAAUGCAUCAGUAAUCCAUUUUAUACAUGAAAAAUAGAAAGGUAAUUUUUGAUCUCAAAUCAUGUCCAAGUUCCUUUAAUGUUUUUUAUCUUUUUAAACCAGUUUUUAAACAGGUUGGGCAGAAACAACUUAAAUCCAAUUCAAGAAAUAUUUACAUUUUUAUCACCAAUUAUAUAAGAUGGCUGAACAUGCUUGAUACAAUUUUAAACUUGAUUUGAUGAGCUGUUUAAUAUGCUGGUUCAAUGAAAUCUGGGAUGCAUUUAUUAACGAAGACAUCGUUCUCCCCGGGCGAAUUCUAAUGCAUGCAAUGUUUAUUUUGUUCUUCAAAAUUGUAGAUCAAAUAUAUAUUUACCAAUA